AUGGGCUCUCUGAGUUCUGCUCUGAUAAUCCCAUCAUCAAAGCUAAAAUCAGCUUUGUUUACAGAUGAAAGACUCCAUUUUUAUCUGCCUAGAGCAAGGAGGAGAACCAGAAAGGCCAAUCGGCCGACAACCCCUUUGCAAGGAUGGUACAACAGAUUACAGAGAGAUGAAGUGGUGGCCCAAUGGAAAAAGAUCAAAGGAAAGAUGUCUCUUCAUGUCCAUUGUCACAUUAGUGGUGGCCACUUCCUAUUGGACCUCUGUGCAAGGCUUCGAUACUUCAUCUUCUGCAAAGAACUUCCCGUGGUGCUGAAAGCGUUUGCCUAUGCUGACGAGGACCUGUUGAACAGUUACCCAGAAUUGCUAGAUGCCUUGGUUUGGGUUUAUUUUCACUCCAACUUGCGGGAAUUCAACAAGAUCGAGUGCUGGGGCCCACUCAAGGAAGCUUCGGGCUCGUCCAUCUCUUGCUUUCCUCUGGGAAGUGAUCACAAUCAGAAUGAAGCAAUCAAAUUGGAGACUCCGCAGCCAUGUCUUGAGGCCUGCUCUUGCUGUUUUCCGACUGAGCAGCUGAUCAAUACCUGA